AUCUUUUUUAAUUAGUAUUGUAAAACAACUUUAUGUUAUUUUUCACGCCAUAUUAUCAGACCACCUUAAGUGGGUCCGCCUUAAAUUUUGAGUUUGUGUGAUCGCUGUUGAUUGGUUGCUGGUAAACUGUGUACAGACGUUUUACGUUCGAAUUGCAGAUAAAAAAUGUUUUCUGGUAGCAACAUUGUGCAGUAUGAGCGAACCAUUUCACCAAAAAAAAAAACCUCCUCCUAAAGAAAGAAAGAGCGACAUCACAUUGCGGGAUGACGUCACCUGAAAAUGACGCUGCUGAGCUGUGUGCCGCGCGCUUUUUUUUUUUUCUUGCAGGAGACUUGUUGGCUUCGCUAACGGACGCAGUUUUGAACUCGCGCCAUUUAUAGCUGCUUGGACCAGCAUCUUCGGAAUUUGUAGACAUCCUGGCAACUUACAAUUAAUUCGAGGUGAGGGUGCUGACCCAAAUCUGUGUGGAGCAGAACGUACCAAAGAGAACUACAACUCUGCUGUUGAUCGCCUCCAGAUUGACAAUACACCAGACGUCGAAGGAGUGAAGUUCAGACAUCUCGGAAAUGGGGGACAGCAUAAGGAGUUCCAUUACUAAGGUGCUGCCGGACCUGUCUGCCUCAAUCCUUGAAAUUGUACUGGAGGAACUACAAUCAUUAGGAGUGGAGACAUCUGAGGACUUGCAGUUCAUCAGUGAGACUGAUCUGAACUCUGUCCUGAGACCAAUUCAGGCAAGAAAACUGCUGGCUGCCUAGAAACAAACCACACCAAAUACGGACAUUUCAAGCCAGGCCAGCCUAUCGUCUUCAUCUUCUUGCUCCUCAUUUUCUGCCUCCCCCUCACCCAGUCCAAUAUAUUCUCUAGACUGGGUAGAUAAAUUUAGAAUUCCAUGUGAAGAUUUUCCAGAAGACUUGAUCCAGUGUCUUCAGAGAGAGAAAAGACCAAAGCCUCGAUUGCGUAGGGAGAUGAUCCGCAUCAUUGUGAAGGAGAUGAUGAAAGCCUGUGCAUCUCCAACUAGAAGAGCCUCGACUGAAAUUGCAAAAAAACUGGUUGCGAUGUAUCCCAAGUCACUGCAGGAUGUCAUCGAGGGGGAUGUGGUAGGACAGGGGUACCACUCUUUGGUAAAACAGAUUCAGGCACGAAUUGAAAAUGUGAAGAGGUCUACUUCACCAGUGUUACAGAAGCGCAAACUGGGAGGAUCAGAUGACACCGAUGAAAUCACACCUGAAAAGCGACCAUCUGUUCAAGACACAUAUGGCUGCAUAAAGUGGGACAUGAAGUUUUUGCCAGUCACUGAGACACUGGAAACCCAGCAGGAGAAGAAAGAACGCAUGAAGAUUCUCAGUGAACAGACAAGCUUCAGUCAUGAAGAAGUAAACUCUAAUGAAUUGCACCUACUACUCUCAGCGCAAAGCAAUAAAUAGCGGAGCAGACAUGCAAACCAUCAUAGAAGAGUGGCCUUUUUUGUUUCAGCCGAUUGGAAUGAUAGUCCACUUUGAAGAACUUACUGGGGUACCGCUGAAAGAGACUUUCCUCACCAGUCUGGAAAAGAAGGGAAAACGGCUUCUGGACUUUCUGAAAAACACUUGUGCAGACAAGAGCAAGCGUGUCUUGGAGGCUGUCAUAAAGCUUCGAAUGCAGAGGGGACAGCUGAAGGGCUGCUCAAAAGACGUGAAAGAUAUGAUGCUCCUCCUCCUCUCCUAUUUCGAUGAAAAAGAGGAGACCCUCUUCCACUAUGUUGAUGAAACAUGUCUGGCAAAAGAAGUCCAUGUGGAAAGCCUGUCUGUGACACCAUGUAUCAUUGUUUGUGGAUCCUCCUGCUUUGCAUCGAGACUGUUCAUGCUCAGCAUUGACCAAAAAGUCGUGAAUGACCAAAUAACUGACUUCAUCUCUGCAAUCUGUCUGAUGCUUGGUAGCUACUACUGCCUGAACAUCCACUAUCCACUGGAACUUGGCUCCACACUUGAAUUCCUUCAGAGGUGUUUCUUCAACAUUAACCCAGAGAAGGGAACAAAAGUUGAAAAAACUAAGAAGAAGACACUGCAUGUGAACCCAAGAGUACUCACCCUCAUCGCCGAUCUCUCUGAUCACGAGUGGCGACAGACCGUUUAAAGACAGCUUAACUGUACCUUGACUGGGAACUACUGUGUUGUUUAUGUUUUCAGUUAUCCCAGCUGAUAUUGAGUACUCUUACCUGAUUUCUGUUAUCACAGGCAUGCUUUUCAGAGGUUUUGAUCUUAGAUCUUUAAACAAUCCCUCUAACUAGGGAUUAUUGAGAACUGUACUCUUGAUGUUUCUGAGAUGUUCUAUAUUCUAUACAACAGAGUUUAAACUAUUUGAA